CCAGCAAUCUUGUCAAAGUUUGGCUUCAUGAGCUGAAAGAUGCACUGUAUGAUGCGGAAGACUUGGUGGAUGAUGUCCAUACUGAAGCCUUGCGGAAGGAUCUGAUGAGUGGGAACAAGCUGACGAAAGAGACUGUACCCAAAAGAUCAUACAAUCCAAGUACAAACACUUGUUCAACUUUGGAUUGCACAAGGUUUUGUAAAGCAAUCAGAGCCGAAUCAAUCACUCGAAGAGAUUGGGUUGGAUUAUUUUAAAGACUUAGCGGAAAGAAGUUUCUUUCAAGAGAUAGAAGAUUAUGAAGACUGGGGAAUGACAUGUAAAAUGCAUGAUUUAAUGCAUGAUCUUGCUGAAUCAGUAGCAGGGAGAGAGAGUAGAAUUUUAGACUCAAAUUCCAAUACAAGUGAGGUUGAUGAAAUAUGUCGUCAUAUAACAAUUGAUUUUCAAAUAUUUCCUUCUUUCAAGGGAAGGAAGAGUGAGACGAUUUGGAAUUUAAUAAUUUCAAACUGUAGGUGUUUGCGUGUGUUAGAAUUGGAUCAUUUAAAUCUUGAUAUAGUUCCACGCUCCGUUCAUAAGUUGAAACAUCUGAGGUACCUUGACCUCUCUUGGAAUACAGAUCUUCAGAUCCUCCCGAAGAGUAUUUGCAAUUUACUAAAUUUGCAAGUGCUGAAACUUUACAAUUGUUUGCAGCUUAAAGAAUUGCCAGAGAAGAUUGAAAAAUUGGUGAAUCUUACCCAUCUUUCAUGUCUUGGUUGUUAUCGCUUAACUCGUAUGCCACGUGGAAUAGGGAAGCUGACUUCGCUUCAGAAGUUAAGCCUGUUUGUGGUGGAUAAACGUGGUUCCCGUGCUGCUGCUGCUGCUGCUGCAGAUCUAAGGGAAUUGGGUGGGCUUAACAAUUUGAGGGGAAUGCUAUGGAUAUCAAAUUUGGGAUUGGUGAAAAAUGCAAAAGAGGAGUUCAGGGCUGCUAAUUUAAAAGAGAAGAAACAUUUGGAAUCAUUGGGUUUAGAAUGGGGCGACACUACAGAUGAUGAAGAGAAGUCACUUGAAGACCUCCAGCCCCAUCCUAAUCUGAAGCGUCUCCGUUUGAUAGGAUGGAGGGGCAAUGACAAGAUUCCGAGCUGGCUUUCUUUGCUCACAAAUUUGGAAUACUUAUGUAUAGAAGAUAGUCCCCAUUUGGGGGAAAGAUGCCAGAAGGACAUUGGUGAGGAUUGGCAUAAGAUUGCUCACAUCCCACGCAUUUUGGUGAAUGGGGUGGGCGCUUCCUACCCUUUCCAUUUAUUCACUUUCACAACAAUAUAUCGUGUUUUCUAUUCUCAACAUCUGAAUAUUGCUUACUUGUUUUCUAUCUUCAGGAUCUUGUGCAAGACCUACAGUAGGGCAUUGGAGUAUUUCAAGAAUAUAUAUUCGGAAAAGAGGUGGUAAUUACGUAAUUGCUUUAUGCUUUUAUAUCAUAUAUGGAAUCUCAGAAUUGCAGUUGUCUGAUAAUGA